UCUACAUUACCCACUAAUCAAUCUACCAACAUUUUGUAAUAAGAAAUAACCUCAAAAUCAUUAACUUUAAAUAAAAACAAGUAUGAACAAGUUUGAUAAAAAAUCAUAAUGAAUGACACCGAUUUUACACGUAUCAGAGAGAUUUUAAGUAACUUAGAUGAUGAACAAAUAUUUGGAUUAGCACGAACAGUAACACAGGGUUUACUAAAAGGGACUGUUCAUACCAGAGAAGAUGCAUUAGAUGUAAUAUUUAAAUAUUCGACAAAUGAAGUUUCUAUACUUAGAAGACGAGCCAUAACCAGAGACGUCUUAUUUAAUUAUUUACAUGCCAAUAAUGUCACAGUUUCCAUUCCGACAACAAAAGAUAAACUAAUCGACCAAAUUUGCAUGUUAUGGAACAUUCAGAACCAAGAAAUUCAGGCACAAUCAAAUGCCAUUGUUUUAAAUGAUAAAUCAAAUGAUGAAUGUAAUGUAAAAACAAUGGCGAAAGAGUUUACACAGUGGUUUUAUGAAAUGAUGAAUUUAAAUGAACCCUUAGAAACAUCCCACUUUUUUCCCGAUGCAGUUUUAAGUUUAACAAUGAAAAGUGAGGACGAAAACAUUGCGUUUCAACAAAGUGUUAGUUUGCCUAAUGAAAUUGUUCAGCUUUUAUUCAAAGCCAAAAUUGAGCACCAAUUACUUUUUAAUCCAAAUAUAUCUUCAGAAGGACUUCAUGGAGAAAUAGAUCCACAUGGAUUAGUUGUUAUUUUGGCUUGUGGCACAAUACAUUCAGGGGAAUUAUGUGCAGGUGUCUUUGAGCAAAUGUUUACCUUGGCUAGGGAUCCAAUUUGCGAAAAUAAUUGGAAAAUUAAAUUGACUAAUAUCAAUUUGAAAAGGAUGCAUGUUUUGGAGGAACCUAAGUUAAGCAAAAGAACUACAUCUGCUCUUGUUACCUAUUAAAUACGAGGAUUUGAAGAAAAUAAUUAUAAUUUAAUUAUUUAUUCACUUUGUUUAAGAUAAGAUGAAAGAUUUAUUUUUAAA